GAAGCGGCUCCAGGACCAUCCAGGGCACUUCCGGUCUAUGCGUUCCACCGACACUUCCGGGUUGCCUCCGGACCUCCGGUGUGAGAGCGGCCCGGACCGUACGGGCUCCUGAGGGUGACAUAUAUGGUCGGAGGCCCCUCCCCCAUCUCCGGUAAUGUCAUCACACGUUUCCGGUGUCCGCUCAGGCCCAGAGAAGGUUGCAAUCAAUCAAUGGGAAUGUGCCGCCAUAUUUCCGGAGACCAGCCUCCAUUCAUCCCUAAAGGGAAGCGGCAAGAUGGCGGCGCCCAUGAAGUGGGGACAAGGAGGCGGAGACUCGGGGGUCAGAGAGUGUCUGGAGGGGAUGGGAUGAAGAUUUCCGCUGCUUCUGUGCUGAAGAUCAGACAGGAGAACCGGGAGAGAGAAGAGCGGGUCAGUGACAUUCCCCACCCCCACCAUGGACAGGGGACCCCUUCCAGAGAGGAUCCUCAACCUCACCCUGGAGAUCGUCUACCUGCUGACCGGAGAGAGUUACAUGGUGGUGAAGAAGUCCAGUGACCAGAGCGGGGGAAGCGCAAUUCCCAUGGCGGUACUUCCUUCCCCACCCCCCAUACAGGAGAGGAGCAACAAGCAGAAGAUCCUGGAACUGACCAACCAGAUCAUCGAGCUGCUGAUGGGGGAGGUUCCUCAGGACAAUGAAGACUUGAAUUUCUCCAUGGAGGAGGAGUGGGAACAUCUGGGGAGGGGAGCUGGAGGGACCAUGGAGGAGAUGAUGGAGCCCUUCCAAGAUCUCCGUCCGGCAGAUUUCGGGGGGUCCCUGGACAUCUCGGAGCCGAGAGCCAUGAUGGACUAUAGCCGAGGAGCUCAGUAUAUCUGUAAGCCGAGGAAGAGGAAAGGUCAGCCGAUGAGAUACGUGGCAGACAAUUCGGCCUCGGCGGAGGAUGGGAACCUCACUGACUCGGACAGCCACACCAAAAGGGCGAUCAGCACCAGAAUCCACACUCGCUCCGAGGAGACCCAGACCGACCUGACGCUGUCCCUUAUCAAAAACGAAGCGGAGGAGCGCACCACCAAACCGUCACCGAUGGACUUUUUGCGGGUAAAUUACGAUUCCAUCUUCGCCGCCGGUUCUGUUUUGUCUCCUCAGGAGGUGACGAGGAAGUUGUACGAUUGCACACUGUGCGGGAAAACCUUCACCAGCAAAUCUGGGAUCGUCAAGCACCGGCGGAUGCACUCGGGGCGGGUGGUGGCCUGUCCGGACUGUGGGAAGGAGUUCACCUGUAAUUCGGAGCUGGUGGCGCACCAGAGGACUCACACCGGGGAAAAGCCUUUUCCUUGCUCCUCGUGCGGGAAGUGUUUCUCCACCAACACCAACCUGGUGGCGCACCAGCGCAUUCACACUGGAGAGAAACCUUACCCCUGUAUUGAGUGCGGGAAAUGCUUCACCAGCAGCUCUGACCUGGUCAAACACCAAAUCAUCCACACCGGGGAGAAACCCUUCAUCUGCCUGGACUGCGGCAAAGGCUUCACCAGCAAGUCCAACCUGGUCAAACACCAGAGGAUCCACACCGGCGAGAAGCCCUUCCUGUGCGCCGAGUGCGGCAAAGGCUUCGCCAUCAAGUCCAACCUCAUCAAACAUCAGGUGGUGCACACCGGUGAGAAGCCCUACCCCUGUCCCGAGUGCGGCAAGUGCUUCUCCAACCAAUCCAACGUGGCCAAGCACCAGAGGACUCACUAUGGACCCAAGAGGAGGCUCAUGGAAUGUUCGGGGAAGGUGGACUUCUUAGGAGAGGUGGACUUCUGGGGAGACGUGAAGGUCCAGGAAGAGGUGGAAGUCUGGUGGGAGUGGAACUUCUCUACUGACACCGCCAUGAUGGAGAGGAGAGAAAUCGCAGACACCAUACUGAACCUCACCCUGGAGAUCCUCUACCUGCUGACCGGAGAGGAUUUUGUUGUUGUGAAGAAAAGUUCUCUUGAGGUUUCCCGACCUUCGUCCAUAAGACUCAAGCUGGAGGUUCAGGAACUGGCCAACCGGAUCACGGAGCUGCUGACAGGAGAGGUGUGUCGGCACAUCGAAGAGCAGAAGAACCUGGGCAGGAAAGGCGCCGCCACUGAUGUCCGUCCUCCGGCUCCAUCACUUGAAAUCCAGAAUGUUCCCCCUCUGGAGAAGAGUCCUCCAAUAAAAGAGGAACCCCGGCGCUGUGAUGUAGAGACUCCAAGAGACUCCGACUUCUUCUCUGCAGAUCAGACAAUAAAUCCACCAACUGUGAUCAAAGAGGAGCUUGGGUCUUCUGAAGGGGGGCGCCUUCGGCACAACGACCCCCCAGCACAUGCUGAGCCUACAACUCACCUACCUACUCAAGUGCCAUGUGAAGGUCAUUUCCAAGAUGGCGCCACCCAGCCCCCCUCAACUCAUUCAGAACAUAGGCAUCUUGAGGAACCCCAAUUGGGUAACAAAAGUCAUUCCACCUUCACUGAAGCUCACCUGCCCACUUACUGCUCUCAGUUUUCACCUUCCUGUAUUAAAGAGGAACCCUGGUCAGCUGAGGAGGAAAAUUUCCCGCAGAGCGACGCGUUUCUGUCCGAGGAAUAUUCUUUAGUGACUGUGAAGGAAGAGGAGGAUGGCUCCCUACCCUCAGAUCCUAUUCCGUAUACUCCGAUUAUCGUCAAGGAGGAGUUCUUCUCCAGUGAGGAGGAUGAGAUUUACACGUCGGAACAACUCCCGUCUAAUGAGGAGACCGAUUCAUGUGAAGAAGACACCAUGGACUCCUGUCGGCCCUCAGCUCCCUUUUUUGGCGUGUAUGCGCCUUACCCCAGGACGGGGGAGGUUGGUGAACUCGUCAACCGAAGCCCUCCUAAUGAGAGAGAUUCAUGUGAAGAUGACACCAUGGACUCCUGUCGUCCCUCAGCUCCCCCUUGUGGUGUGUAUGCGCCUUACCCCAGGACGAGGGAGGUUGGUGAGCUCUUCAACCGAAACCCUCCUAAUGAGGAGAGAGAUUCAUGUGAAGACACCAUGGACUCCUGUCGUCCCUCAGCUCCCCCUUGUGGCGUGUAUGCGCCUUACCCCAGGAUGAGGGAGGUUGGUGAACUCGUCAACCGAAACCCUCCUAAUGAGAGAGAUUCAUGUGAAGAAGACACCAUGGACUCCUGUCGUCCCUCAGCUCCCCCUUGUGGCGUGUAUGCGCCUUACCCCAGGAUGAGGGAGGUUGGUGAACUCGUCAACCGAAACCCUCCUGAGAGAGAUUCAUGUGAAGAAGACACCAUGGACUCCUGUCGUCCCUCAGCUCCCCCUUGUGGCGUGUAUGCUCCUUACCCCAGGAUGAGGGAGGUUGGUGAACUUGUCAACCGAAACCCUCCUAAUGAGAGAGAUUCAUGUGAAGAAGACACCAUGGACUCCUGUCGUCCCUCAGCUCCAUCUCAUGGAGCGUAUUCGCAUUUCCCAAAACCAGGGGAGGUCAGAGGUCGGAUCGUCAAUCAUAACACUUCUAAUGAGGGGACAGAUUCAUGUGAAGAGGACACCAUAGACUCCUAUCCCUCAGCUCCCCCUCUGGGCGUGUAUGCGCCUUACCCCAGGACGAGGGAGGUUGGUGAACGUCUCAUCAGCCGUAACACUCCGUGUGACCCAAACUUCAGGGCUCAGUCUCACAUGGAAGGGCUGACCUUUAGGUGCCACGAGUGUGGCGAUCGCUUUGCCAAUAAGCGAGAUCUGGAUGACCACCACACUGUCCACAAGAGCAAGAAGCCACACGUAUGUUCGCAUUGCGGGAAGAGCUUCUCGUACCAGUCGCAGCUCCUCAUCCACGAGAGGACCCACACGGGGGAGAAACCUUUCGCCUGCGCCAACUGUGGCAAAUGCUUCAACCAGUACGUUCACCUGGCCAUUCACCAGAUGAGCCACACCGGCGAGAAGCCCUAUGCCUGCACAGAGUGUGGAAAAAGCUUUAACCGAAAGACCACGCUCACUAUCCACCAACGAGUCCACACCGGUGAGAAGCCCUUCUACUGCUCCGACUGCGGCAAAUACUUCAGCACCAGCUCCAACCUCAUCAAACACCAGCGAGUCCACACUGGGGAAAAGCCCUACUCCUGUCCCGACUGCGGGGAGCUCUUUGUCCACUACACCCAGCUCAUCCGCCACCAGGCCAGUCAUGCCACCCUGGACAAACAGUUCUCCUGCUCCGAGUGUGGGGAGUGCUUCUCCCAGAAGUCACAGUACAUCAGACACGAAAAGGAGCACCGGAGAGAUGGAAGGAAUUUCCAGUGUGCGGAGUGUGGUCGGGGCUUCAAGCAGCACAGACACCUCCUGGCCCAUCAGUCCACCCACACUGGGCAGGAGACGCUUGACUGUCCAGAGUAUGAAACGGUAUGAUUGGGGCAGCUCGGCCUAACAGCAUCAUUCUCCAGAGAGAGAACCUGAUCCACUUACACCAAGAGCUACAACUUCUGCUCCAACCUACGAGUGUCCACGCAGAAGAGACUCUUUACUGGAGUGCCUGGGAUAGACUGGUAUAUACAUGGUUCUCCCAUCAGGCAGGACAAUGGGCCAACCAUCUUCCUGUCACCAUCCCAAAGAGAACCUUUUUCUGCUACAACCACACCAAGACCUAGAGCUUCUCCGACCUACGAGUGUCCACCCAGAAGAGAGACUUUACUGGUGUGCUAGGGAUGGACUGGUGAUCCCAUCAGGCUGGACACUGGGCAAACUAUCUUCCUGUCACCAUCCCAAAGAGAACCUUCUUCUGCUACAACACCAAGACCUCCAGCUUCUCCGACCUACGAGUGUCCACCCAGAAGAGAGACUUUACUGGUGUGCUAGGGAUGGACUGGUGAUCCCAUCAGGCUGGACACUGGGCAAACUAUCUUCCUGUCACCAUCCCAACGAGAACCUUCUUCUGCUACAACCACACCAAGACCUCCAGCUUCUCCGACCUACGAGUGUCCACCCAGAAGAGAGACUUUACUGGUGUACCAGGGAUGGACUGGUGAUCCCAUCAGGCUGGACACUGGGCAAACUAUAGCAGAGGGGAGCCAUCUUCAGGACACUAUCAUGGAGAGAGAACCUUCUCCUGCUACAACCACACCAAGACCUCCAGCUUCUCCGACCUACGAGUGUCCACCCAGAAGAGAGACUUUACUGGUGUGCUAGGGAUGGACUGGUGAUCCCAUCAGGCUGGACACUGGGCAAACUAUAGCAGAGAGGAGCCAUCUUAAGGACACUACCAUGGAGAGAGAACCUUCUCCUGCUACAACCACACCAAGACCUCCAGCUUCUCUGACCUACGAGUGUCCACCCAGAAGAGAGACUUUACUGGUGUACCAAAUAUGGACUGGUGAUCCCAUCAGGCUGGACACUGAGCAAACUAUAGCAGAGAGGAGCCAUCUUCAGGACACUACCAUGGAGAGAGAACCUUUUCCUGCUACAACCACACCAAGACCUCCAGCUUCUCCGACCUACGAGUGUCCGCCCAGAAGAGAGACUUUACUGGUGUACCAGGGAUGGACUGGUGAUCCCAUCAGGCUGGACACUGGGCAAACUAUAGCAGAGAGGAGCCAUCUUCAGGACACUACCAUGGAGAGAGAACCUUCUCCUGCUCCAACCACACCAAGACCUCCAGCUUCUCCGACCUACAAGUGGAGACAGCAGGCUUGACACUGGGCGGAGCCACCCACAAUGGGGGAGGGAAAUUUCAGGAUGAAUUUUUGUAAUAAUAAAAUAUAAAUACAUUUCAUUUUUAAA